CGGGACGCGCUGGGACCGGCGUCCUGCUCGCGGGGCGUCUGGCCGGGGCGGAAUGGAGCGGAGGUGGGUCUUCGUGGUGCUGGACGUGCUGUGCUUGCUGGUCGCCGCGCUGCCCUUCGGCAUCCUGACGCUGGUGAACACCCCGUACAAGCGCGGCUUUUACUGCGGAGAUGAAUCCAUCCGGUACCCGUACCGUCCAGACACCAUCACCCAUGGGCUCAUGGCCGGGGUCAUCAUCACGGCCACCGUUAUACUAGUCUCGGCCGGGGAGGCCUACCUGGUGUACACGGAACGCCUGUACUCCCGAUCCGACUUCAACAACUACGUGGCCGCCCUCUAUAAGGUUGUGGGCACCUUCCUGUUUGGUGCCGCGGUGAGCCAGUCCCUGACAGACCUGGCCAAGUACAUGAUCGGCCGCCUGCGGCCCAACUUCCUGGCCGUCUGUGACCCCGACUGGAGCCGGGUCAACUGCUCCACCUAUGUGCAGCUGGAUGGGGUGUGCAGGGGGAGCCCAGCCAAUGUCACCGAGGCCAGGUUGUCCUUCUAUUCUGGCCACUCCUCCUUCGGCAUGUACUGCAUGGCUUUCCUGGCGUUGUACGUCCAGGCGCGGCUCUGCUGGAAGUGGGCGCGGCUGCUCCGGCCCACGGUACAAUUCUUCCUGGUGGCCUUUGCCCUGUACGUGGGCUACACGCGCGUGUCCGACCAUAAGCACCAUUGGAGUGACGUCCUUGUGGGCCUCUUGCAGGGGGCGCUGGUGGCUGGCUUCACUGUCCGUUACAUCUCAGACCUCUUCAAACCCCGGCCGCCGCGGCCCUGCCCGGAAGGAGAGGAGCUGGAGCGGAAGCCUAGCCUGUCGUUGACCUUGAACCUUGGCGAGGCUGUUGACCGGAACCACUAUGCAUAUGCUGGCUCUUCUCCCUGAGCCCCGGGUGAGGCCCACUCGAACCCAGGCCCGCCUGUGCUGGCCGCCCUCACCCUGACUCUGCCUGGGAGAGGCCACCUGGCAGCCGGUCCUGCACGGUCCCCGAGGUCCUGGUGGGGCGAGGAGGGCGAGGCCCGCAUUGCAGCUGCGGCUUGUGUAAGCUGAGGUGUACGUUUGGACUUGCAGUCAAACAGGGCGUCUGUUUGCCCUGGGGUGAGCACUGUGCCCAGCUCCUGGGGCGCGGGGCGGGCAGUGCCCCACCUCUCCCACCCUUCCUUUUUGGCACACGACAGUGGCAGGGUGGUUCUCUGCUGAGCCGGGCUGGGGGACGGUCCUGGUUGCUGAGCCUCUCCCCCAGCAAUGAGGUCUCUGCCACUGGCCCCUGCCAAAACCUGCCAGGGUCCCCCCCCCCCCCCCCCCCGGGAAGGCGCUGUGAGCCCAGGCAGCU